ACAAACCCAAAAUAACCUUGAAAAAGGUAAAAGAUGUCUUCCAAGAUAAUUAAGAAAACUCUGGAAGAAGCCGCUCAUAUUGAUCAUGCUGAGCUGGAUUUCUCUGACAAGUCUCUGAUCUCCUUGGAGCCAGAUAUGUCAAGAUUAUGGAGUAUGAAGAAUAUUACAAGGUUGACUCUGUCGAACAACAAGAUCAUGACUCUUCCUGCUGCUGUAGCAAACCUAGAGAACCUGGAGAUCCUGAACCUAUUCAACAACUGUCUAGAGGAACUACCCAUCUCUAUCUCCGGGAUGCCCAAACUCAGAAUCCUGAACCUGGGAAUGAACAAGUUAAAUGCACUGCCCAGAGGUUUCGGAUCCUUCUCUAGUAUUGAGAUCCUAGAUCUUUCCUACAACAAUCUGAACGAGAAAUCCCUUCCUUCAAACUUCUUCAUCAUGGAAACCAUCCGCGCCUUGUAUCUUAGUGACAAUAAUUUUGAAGAAUUGAGUCCUGAAAUUAGAAACCUCAAAAACCUGAGGAUUUUGGCAGUUCGUGACAAUGAUCUUGUAGACCUACCUACGGAGAUCGGAGAACUGAUUUAUCUUCGUGAACUACAUCUUCAGGGAAACCGUCUAACUGUUCUUCCUCCAACCCUUGGAUCUCUAGAUUUUCUGAGUUCCCGAUCUAUUCUGAAACUUGAUAACAACCCCUGGGUUCCACCAAUCGAAGACCAGCUUAUGCUUGGUGUAUCUCAUGUUAUUGAGUACAUUAGAACAGAGACCUACAAGUAUCUGUACAGUCGGCAUAUGCAGGCAAAUGUUCCUCCUCCAGAGAAAAAGAAGGACAAGGCAAGACAACUCUCAAGAAAAGGUUCCAGGGCUUCCGUUAAUGGAAACAAUUGAAAACAAGGCUUCCGUUAAAGAAUUAUUUCCUAAUUUUCAAGUUUAAAACAAAUAAUUAAAACUAACCUUUACUGCAGAAAUAGUGCCAAAAUUCUAAGAAGAACCUAAUAAAAUAGGAGCCUUCUACCUCUUGUUUGCUAAUUUAAAAUAGAUGUUUAAUAUUUUUGCUUUACAAAAAUAUGUUUAUGAUAUUUGUUGAACCCUUUAAAUAUUUCAAUGUUGAUGAGGAUAUUUUCGUUUGCGGUUUUCCAAUGAAGGAAUUCGCAGUUUUUAAAAAUAUAGAUAAUUGUGUAAAGGGUACUGAAUAGUUCUAGAACUUCAUUGACAUCAUUGACAACCCAUAAACAAAUUAACCUACUGGGCUACAGUGCCCUAUUUUGAAGAUUAUUUUGUUUUUAAAUUGACCAUCAACAACUUCUAUCUACUAUAAAAAUAUUUAAAAAAUUUACAAAGUGAAUUUAUUAACAAUAACCUGCACUAACACUAGUCCAGUUCGUCCAAUGGUGCCUGAAAUUUAUAUAAUUGUCAAAAUAAAUGUGUAUUAUUUAAUAUUAAGUUUAACUAAAUAAAUAUGAACUAAAUUUA